UCCGUCGAUGGAUUGAGGCGGAGCUUUGGCGUGGCCAUGACGGUGUCUGCCAGCUGGUGGGUGGAGUACUCUGGGCGUAGUAACCCCCCAUCUUCACACAGGACGGCAACGAGCAUCUUUUCUUUCACUGAUCGACACAUCUAUGGCAUUGCUCCCGUCACAGAGAGUAACACCAUCAUCAACACAGCCAUACUGACCAACCAGCCGGUGUCGCUGCCUGUGAUGGUUCUGGCUGUAGGCGACGAUGAGAAGGUGUCCGAUGUUACCUCUGCAGUCACCUGCCGUUCGACCAACGAGAACACUAUCAAGGUGUCCAGUGAUUGCUCCACCCUCUUUGUGGACGGCAGUGAGUCCGGGCUGGGGAACACCUGUGCAGUGGUGGAGUUCGUUCUGGGCAUGCUCCGUGGGUCUGUUUGUCUGGAAGUGUGGGCUCCAUCGGUGCCUCUUCAAGUGUCCUUAGCGGAUCCUGUUCUCAAUGCCAUCGAUGGCUGGAACCUCUUCACAGAAAACGGGUGUGUUCCGGUCUAUCAGCGCUCCUCCGUCCAGGUUCUGACUCAGUUCACAGCUCAGGACUCCAACAGUAAGUCCAUCCAUCUCCUGGGCUCAUCCGAUUGGUUUGUUGAUGUCACAGAGCUGGUCCAUGACUGGCUCAGAGUAGAAGACUCCCAAGUGGCUGCCCUUGGCUAUCACAACACCGUGAUUGGCUUACGACCAGGAAAGACGUCGCUGCAUAUCAUCUCUGAGCAGUGGGACGGUGUCCUCGGCAGGUGUGACAUCACUGUCACCCCUGAUGCCGUUGUCCCCGGCGACUUGCAUGUCCAGGUGGUCAGCGGUCUGGGCAUGUCGGUCACGGCCGGCUCCGCCCACCCGUCCAUCAUCACAGCGACAGUGACGGCUUUCAACAUCCUGUACCAUCAUCAGCAGGUAUCGCUUCAUCACACAGUGGAAAGUCUUUGUCAAAGCAGGCGUUGAAAUUAUAGUAAAAGUAAAGUUAAUGUGACGUUCACCGUGAUGGCUGACAUGGUAAAGCAGAAUUUAGUGUGUUAAUGCACUGAAGCACACGAACAAUGUUGUUAUGGGGUUAUUAGUUUGUCAUUGCAUAAGCACUAAAGCACACUAAUAAAUGGAUCUGGGAAAUAAA